AUGCCGACAUAUCAACAACAACGACCCUUGUUUCGCCCUAUUCAGGUCGGCCCUACUCCACCACAAGUCUCCCCUCAGUUCUCUGACAACGUUCCAUCGCCUACCUCGACAAUUCCUAAACUCGGCUCGAAGCGGGGCCGUAUCACAGCCAUAGCAUGCGUGCCAUGCAAGAAAAGAAAGAGCAAGUGCAAUGGACUGCAACCUGUCUGCAAUACCUGCGCAAUGAAGGGAUCUACAUGCAACUAUGACAUGCGACAAGAACACCGGUGGCAGGGCACUCUGCGGGUCAAUGUGAAGAAGUUGGAACAAGAGCUGGAGGAAGUUAAAUCCGUCUUGCCUCUGCUUGCAACAACAUCACAAAAAGAAGCAGCGACGAGACUAGCUUUGGAAAUUCAGACCAACGGUUUCUCAGAACACUCGGCGGAGGAAAUAAAAAACAUACUUCAGGGACCACGGACAUCACAACCAUCCGAGGAGGCAGACACUGCUGUUGGAUCUCUAGGAGGGAGGAGCAGGAGGAGCGCAGCGAAUCAAGAGCCGCUUCCUGCAUACUACAUGGAAUACGACCAGAAUGUCGGUCCUAGUAUGCAGCAAGCUCUCGCUCAACCCACAGAGGUAUGUCGAUUGAUAUUUGUGAGGAUGGACUCCGGUGCAGCGAAACAACACGAGUCCUCGGACUCCGGGCAUGACGCUUCGGUGAUAGCAUGCGUACACAUGAAUCAUCCAAUGCCGCAAACAUCAUCUACAGUUAGUCCCAUCACUUACGUUGUAACGACAUUCCGCGAAGCAAAACGCCAGCUUCGCGCUGAUGGUUGCCCCAUGCCAAAAGUUUUCGGUCUUCCGCAAGUCGACUACAAUGCCAUACUCGCUGGGGAAACGGAUUUUGCGCUGGAGCAACCGUUGUCUGUUUGGGUGGCGAGGAUUACGAAUGUAUUUUUCUCCAAAGUGGGGUUACCAGAGAAGCUUGCACUCGCGGGGAUGCUUAGGGACGUAAUGAAGUGGCAAAUCUGCCCAAGCAAACAGAACUUUGAAAAGCUUCCGGAAUGGGUAAGGCCGACGCAAAACCAGACGGUCAUACCUCAUGACCCGACUAUCGAUUUUCUUCCCUGGCCUGCCGUGCGAGAUUACUUUCUGCACAAUCAAGAGCAGCAUGUGGCCGGAGUGCUUGGCAACUCCCUGUCGGUUAACUGGGCAUACGAAGAAUCUCGCAUGUUCUUCUACGACAGCAACUCGGGUAUCCUCAUGCUCUCUCCGGCGUUUGAGGAGCACAUCCGCAACAUUGACAACUGGUCAUUGGCACCUAGUAUCUUCGAGCAAAUGCCGUAUCUUAUGGGAAAAGUCCGUAUGACGGGGAUCCACUAG